GCAUUUCUACUACGUUCCCAGAUGAUGCUGGCGGUGUUACUCCUGGGAUCAUACUCUGAGAACCACUGGUGUAAAGUACAUGGGAUUAAGAGUCCCAGACAUCUGAACUACCAAUGGCAGGAUAUCAGCUCUGGUCACCAUGGACUCCACUGGACGAGAGCUUCCAAUGGCUGCGGCACACAACACCUACACCUUCUUCCAAGCACCCCUUUAGGGCCUCCCCCUGCUUCCCACACACCCCUUCUGACAUUGAAGUGCAGCUGUGCUUUCAAGAGGUCACUCUAGUACUAGACAGCCCAUUUCUGGAAACUGGGGUGAGUCCCAAGUUACCCUGCCAUACAUCAGAGCUCCGAACCAUGAACAACAAGAAAGGGCUCGUCAGGAAGCCCCAGCCUGUCCGCCUCAGUGGAGUGGAUUCGGUCUUUGGCAGGGUCAUCACAGCUCAGCCUCCAAAGUGGACUGGGACCUUCAGAGUUUCAGACAAGUCAGCCUUUUGCAAAAUCAUCAGCCGGGAGCACCAGUGGCCCACUGGACUUAAGGAACCUCAGAUUCAGAUGACAGUGACCAUGUGCAAACAGAUGCUGCGCUCUAUCCUCUUGCUGUAUGCAACGUACAAGAAGUGUACCUUUGCCUUGCAACACUCCAAGUAAAGGGUCCCCAUCUGAUUCCUGUUCCUCACACCAUGUCCUUUGCUAUGUGCAUGAAGCUUGCAGACCCCUGUCCAUGAAGAGGAAACUGACAUUGCCCCAGCCAUCUUGCUUUUCUACCAAGUACUGAUAAUUCAGGAGCCCCUUUCCUCCCUUCCCCUAAAAAAAGGGCCAGUGACAGGGCAAGGGAGAACAAUGUCCAUUAUAAUGUUGAACAACCAUUUAAGAGAGAAUCAAAUUAGCAUUGACAUGUACAUGUGAUAAAGAACCAUUAAACAAACCAUACAAACAAGCCUAGUGUGAACUCACUUAAAACACUUGAAACCACAAUGAACUGGAGACACAAAGGGGUAUCAAGGAAGGAGAUAUUGAUUUCUAUAUACCUGAUAAUGAAGGGGUCAAAAAUCUA